AUGGUGUCUACUGAAUCAACGGCAGCAUUAACCCUGAGGUUGGCAGGCUUGAUGAAACUGCGUGUCAGGCUUUUGCAGACCACUGGGGCAUCCAUAUUUCUGUGCAAAACUCAGAACCUGGCUGUCAUUUAUGAUCUGAAGAUGAGUGUUCAGCAAUUGCUUUGGCAUCUUCUGAUCAGCAAAAUACGUUUGGCCAUCUAUCUUCAGUGCUCAAUCGAGUUCAACGCCAUCAUUGCAAGCGGUGUCACUUUCACUAUUCUAUUCCUACUCAAGCUGAACCAACUCUACGAAAGCCUACUGGCAGCAGCUAUUACCGUCUCUUUCCCUGUCGAAAUGACAGAGUAUAACCACCAUCCCAACCGAUACAACAGACGAACCCGCGCAAACUAUCGAAUAUUAAUAUACUUUCCUAUUUACAAACCUCAAUCUCAAGCAGAGGAUUACAGGCGGGUGAAACUACUUUUACAUCAUCCCUUUCAUGAAGUUGAUGAUCUCAAAACUCUUGAUCUACCUUCUUCUUUUGAUACAUUUGCAGAGGCAUUCAACUACUGCAAAGAGGCUCAUGUUCAUUCUAAUGAUGUCUAUGAUAAUGACAUUUCAGAGCCAGAGUCUGAGUUUGAGGAUGUUGAUGUUGAGAAGAAUGAGUUGCAAAACUCAUUUAAUGAGCUUGCGGCCCUGCUUCCUGAUGAUCCCCACAACAUUACAGAGUUGAAUGACCUCAGUUUCAUUGGCAACCGCUCUAUCGAUUUCCCUCUGCUCAUCAAUUUGAAUGGCAAGACAGAAACUGGCAAAACAUUUGUUAUUACGGUCCUCUCUGUAACCCUGCAAAACAUGGCUGCAGAAAAUGAUAUCCCAUCUCCAAUUCUCCGCGCAGCUUCAACAGGGGUUGCAGCUCAUACAAUUAGUGAUCGCACUCUACAUUCCAUCUUUCGCCUGCCUAUUAAGCAAACCUCUCGUUAUGAGGAGCUUAAUCCUCAAACUCUUCAGGCGAUGCAGGCCGGCAUGCGCAACAUUCAAUAUCUCAUCAUUGAUGAGAAAUUCAUGAUUGGUCUAUGUCAACUUAGCUGGAUUGACCAGACCUGCAAAGCAAUAUAUUCUCACAAUCAUCAUCUUUCUUUUGAUGGUCUCAGUGUCAUUUUUUCAGAUGACUUUUAUCAACUGCCUCCUGUUCUGCAAAAGCCACUUUUUCACAGUGGAGAACUUCAGAAUCCGGACGAGAUUAACAGUUGUAACCUCUAUUAUAAGUUCAACCAAACCAUUCAGCUCACGGUUAUCCGACGGCAGGAAGGAAAUGAUCAAGAAUCCAAUCAAUUUCGCAUGGUUCUAUAUAGUCUUCGGGAAGAGAAUGUCAGGACUCAGUUCUCAAUUACUAUUGCUUAUGCCAUUACUGUUCAUAAAUCACAGAGUCUCUCACUUGACAAAGCUGUUCUCAACAUUACAAAGAAGGAUUUCACGUCUGGGUUGACAUAUGUAACAGUAUCACAGGUCAAAUUCUAUAAAGGUUUACUCUUUGAGAAGGCAUUUGAUUACAUCUGUUUUUCAGUAGUAGUAGGCAUAGGCGUAGAAUGUCAAAUAACACCACCUCCACAACAACAACUACAACAACAACAACAACAACAACAACUACAACUACUACAACAACAACACACACACACACACAACACACACAACACACAACACACACACAACACAACACAUAGCAGCAGCAGCAGUAGCAGCAGCAGCAGCAACAACAGCAACAAUAACAGCAACAUCAACAGCAGCAGCAGCAUGCCUUCUUUCAUCACAGAGUCAAACUCUGAAUCAGACAUGUUUACAGCCAUCAAUUCUGAAGAACACUGUGAGUCUGAUGUCUGCAACCGCGAGACGUCAGUGGAAGAUGAGGGGAAGGAGAAGGAGAAGGGGAAGGAGGAGAAGAAGAAGGAGAAGGAGAAGAAGGAGAUGGAGAAGAAGAAGAAAGAGGAGAAGGAGAAAAAGGGGAAGAAGUCUGUGACUGUAAAGGCCAAAACCAUCAGCUGCAAAUGCCAGCGCCCUGCAGAGGAUGAAGGAGAGCUGGGUCUCUUAAUCAAACAGCUCAGCAAGGCCAAGCAGAAGGAGUGGGAGGAGAGUGUCAAGGUCAUAGACCCCAAAGAUAUGGAGAUUGCCCAUUUGCGGGCAGAGAACACGGCCUUAAAGGCCAAAGUCAAGAAUAUCGGGCGCCUCCUAGAGGCAGCGGUUGAUAUGGUGAAGGAGUAG